GCGGCGGCGGGCGGGUGCGGAGCGCGGGCUUCGGGGGUCGGGCCCACGGGAGAAGCCCCGCGCCCGUCCCCAGUCUCCCUCCUGGGCCCUGGCAGAAGCUUCUCUCCGAAAUCCUCCCCAUGCCCUCGGGAUUGCCGAAGGGCCGGGUCGGGGGCCCCUCCUCAGGACCCCACGCACAUCCUCCUCGGAGAGCCCCGGAAACCCUCCGAGCCCCCGUGUGCGCCCCAAAAGGUCCCUGCAGAACCCACCCCUCCCGUGGAGCCGCCUCCCCGAGCCCUUCGUGAGUCUCGGCAGCCUUCCUUGCAGACCCCCACUCUUUGGCCCGGAAGCCCCCGUCGUCCUCCUGUCUCCACAAAUAGUCCUCGGAGGCCAUUCCUCGUCCAUUCCACAGCGUGGCUCUCAUAGCUGCUCCAGGAGCCUUCCUCACGAGCUCUGCACACCUCCCCAAGGCUCCCUCUGGACCCCUGUCCGUUCCAGAACUCUCCCCUAGAGCCCUGCCUCUCACAGCCCAACAGGCUCACCCGACUUCCCCCUCCCAGAUCCUAAGAAUUUUCCCUCCCACUUACCCCAUUCCAGAAACCUCCUUGGAGAUUUUCCGCUCAUACCCCCUGCAUUUCUGAGUCCCCCUCCCAGAAGUCCUUCAGAAUUCCCCCCGAAGGACCCUGAUCAUCUUCCCUGAAGAUCUCCUUCCCAUAUCCCCAAAAUAAAUCUUCCUCACAGACUUUCUGAAAUGCCCCCAGAUCCCAAAAACUCACCUGGAAGACCCUAUCCCACUCCCCACCAUAUUGCAACCUUCUCUAAUACACACUCCCCCUUCACGUAUCCCUCUGGAUCUUUCCACAGAUCCCAAAAGUCUCCCCCAGAGGCCUGCUGUCUCCCCCUGGUCUCACCACCCUGAAAUGCCUUAGAGAUCACCCUCAGGUAGCCCAACGAUCUUCCCCGGGACACCCUUCCCCACCCCCACUCAUUCUUAAAGUCUCCAGCGAUUGCCUGAAAUCUCCAGGGGACUCUCAAUUUCAUAUUUCAAAAGCUUCUUCCAAAACCCCUUUUACAUACUCCACAUAUUUUCCAGUCCCCCACAUCACACGCUCCAAAAAUGGUUUAAGGAUCCUGAAAACUUUCCUCAUGAUUUCUCUCUCAGAUCCCCUAGAACUCCCCUUCACUUACACUUCAGAAUCCCCCCUUGCAGACCGGUUUUAGAGGAAUUUUCUAAAGAUCCUCCUCACAACCCCUGUAAGACCGUAAGAUUUUCUUGGUGACCCCUCUGAGAUGCAGGUUUUCAGGACCCCCCCCCAACACACACACAGCUUAGAGACCCCAGCAAACCCCUGGAACCCUCCUGAUGUUGUUCUUGAAAUCCCUCCAAGACCUUCCUGACACCCCCAGAACCCCUUGAAUCAAUACUUCUGCCUUGCUAAGGGACUUUUCUGGAGAUGUCACUCCCUGAACUUGCUCACGCAGGUCCCCUAAAUCCUCUAGAAUCCCCUGAAGAAGACCCUCACACACACCUAAUUUCCCCCCAAAAUAACCCUCUGAGCUCCUGCUCUGAGAAAGUCCUAGAAUUCUUUCUGAAAAACCCACUCCUCUGACACUCAGAAGACCCCGCCUUCCCCAUGUACUCUUUUGGAGACUUUACUCAGGUUUCUCCUCAACUGAGAUCUCUGAAGAGUUUUUCCUAAAAAGAUCACUCUGUCAUCCCACUCCAGGACCAGUCUCAGAAGACCACACCUUCCUCAGACACUCUUUAGAUAAUUUUCUCACCAAUUGCCCUCCAUCAACCACCCACUCCUAGCGCUUCCUGAGACUUCCUCAGAACUUUCCCUCAGAUUCCACUUCUGACAUCCCCAAGAAACGUUAUUCAGUACCCUAUCAAAUUUACCCCCUCGCUUUAGAAUUCCUAUUUACACCAUCUCAUUUCUCCAUUCUCUUUCCUCUGAAGUAAACUCAGAGACCUUUCUCAGGGGGCCCCCUUUUCCUAUUAUCCCUUCAGAGGCCCCCAACAUUCUCCAGACUCGUCCCUCAAGAGCCUCUAUGUUUCCUUGUAAAGAUUCUUGAGAGACACCUUUCCCCACCCCCUUGAAAUCCCAAUGCUCCAAGACCUUUCUUUCAGACCAUUUUUCUCAGGUCCCAUCCUCAUAGACCCCUCUUCCCUUCCAAGAUCAAGAGACACUUAACACCCUCCUUAGAGACAGGAUUUUCCCCAUUUCCCUUUGAGAAGCCUUCUUCUCCCCUUUGAGGGCCUUCUCACCAAAGAAUCCCUUCCACUAUAGCAGUGGUUCUCAAAGUGUGGUUCCUGGCCCAGCAGCAACCACAUUUGUUAGAAAUACACAUUCUUGAGUCCUACUCAGAUCUACUGAAUCAGACAAACCUGGGAGCAGGGCCCAGCAAUCUGAGUUUUUAACAAACACUCCUGGUCAUUUUGAUGCACACACAAGUUUAAGAACCUGUGCCCUUUAAGAGGAUUUCCUUUUCCCCACAAAAACCCCCUGAAAGAUGCCUCAGGGUGUGCCUCUGUGCCCUACUGCUCACUGCUAUUUUCCUAUUUCCCAGGAAUCCCCUUUACAAAGUACCCAUCCUCCAGAAAGAUUUCUUACCUACCUUGAAAGGAUCUUGGCUUCUCCACAAGGUUACUCCAUCCUCUGAGCAGUUAUUUCCCAUUCUACUUUUGAAUGGUUUCUUUUCAGAUCUUCCUCGGUGCUUUCUCUUUCUGGCUAUCCCUGCAGCCCACUCCCAGCCUUUGGUGCUUCUUUAAAUUGCUGCUUCUUUGAACACACAUGUCCAUCUCUUCUUGUCCAUCCGUUUCUCCACAUAGGCAUCCUCCCCUUGAGGCACCCUCAGGAGGUCUUUUCAUUCUGUGUCUUACUGCCCAGACCCCUCCACCCCCAUUGUACCUCUUAGAACACUGCUCACCUUCAACCUUGUAGUUUUUAAUGUACUUGCCCACUCACCCUUACUGGACUAGGAACUCUGAAAGUACGCGACGUGUCUUGUUCUUUGAAUCCCACAAGGUGGGAUCUACCCUUUAUAAGUUACUGGAAAUCACUAGAGAAUAAGCAGCUCUUCCUUCUGCAUUGGGCCAGAAAUCUCCAAGUUUCUCAGAUCUCACUCCUCAUUCAGGUUUAGCACACUCUCCCUGCCCCCUCCUCUCCUCUCACCUCCCUUUUUAUCUCCACACAGCACCCUUUGCCUUUCCCCCUGCCAUACUUGCUCCUGUCUUUGGGACUUUCUUUGUGUUGUUUCCUGAUUCUGAGCUACCCCAAGUCCUUUGCGUGGUAACCUGCCUCACCCCGUCCUGGUUGACUUCUCUUAACAGCCCCUAUCAGCUGCUAAGUCUGGGGCCUCCAUAGAGCUCUGAACUUUUUUCAAGGGAUUCUGUUUCUCUCUAGGGCCCAGAAAGGGAAACAGAGACCCCAGGGUAAAUACUGGGGCCUGCCUUCAGGGAGCUCAUAAUACCAGUAGGGGGCUUGGGCGUGUACAGAGCAGAAAAUGAGGUACAAAUUAUAUGCUGUAGAAAUUCAGCAGUGAGAGGGAGCCCUUUAUUUGGAAACUUCACAGAAAAGGUGGUAUUUGGGCUGGAUAGUGUUCCCUGGGAGUUGGGACAAUCAUGGUACCUUACAGGCAGAGGAAACAGCUUAAGCAAUGGAUCAAAGACAAGAAAGCCUCCUGAUCCGUCACCCAUGGUAUCUCUUCUCUUCACCCAAAAGAUAGAGAUGAAAGAAGACAGAUUUCCUCUAUUUGCAUUGUAUUUGCCAACUGCACUUUAGUGACCUACAGAGUAGUAAUAAUAAUGACCACUGGUUUUUGAAUGCUUGCUAACUGCCAGGCACUGUUUAAGCAUUUUACAGGUAUUCAUAGGAACCCUAUGAGGUAGGUAAACUACCAUUAUCCUCAUUUUGCAUAUGAUGAGAUUAAGAACAGGUAGGACUAAUAGAAGGUCUGUGGGCACUGUCCAUUCCAAGAUGGUAGUGCCUUGGGUCAAAAAGUUGAAUUUUUAGUUAAGAUAGGUUUGGCUGCAAUGGGGUUGUAGUUGUUAGGUAUGCAGAACCUGGGUCUGGACAGGAUUUGCGUCCCAAGUUACCACUCACCAGUUUUGUGCCCUAGGACAAGUUACUUCUCUGGUCUUUUAGUUUCCACAGCUAAAAAAAAAAAAAAAAAAAUAUGAAGGAAAUAAUGAUACUCUACUUCAUAGAAUUGUUAUGAGGAUUAAAUAAGUUAAUACAUGUAAAGUACUUAGAACAAUACCUUGUCCGUAAUUGCAAUGUUAGAAGAAAAAAAAAAAAAGAAAAAAAAAAAACUCGUAGCCAGAACUCUAAAAACAUAAAGUGAUAGAACCUUAACUCAAAGUGGUUUAAGGAAAAAAGCGGGGGAUUAAUUGGCUCUUGUUACUGGAAAGUCCAGAGUUAGGUUGGCUUCAGGCCUACUGCAUCCAGGUGUUCAAAUAAUUUUCUCAGACAUCUCCUCCCAUUUCUCCACUGAGUUAGCUUCAUCUUCAACAAGCUUCUGCUUUGGGUAACAAAGAUGGUCCUCAGCAGCCCCAGGUUUUAACCCUACCUCCUUGGAAAGCCUUAGUGGAAAGAGAACUCUUUCUUGAGAGUCCCAGUUUGAAAAUAGUUUCUUCCUUGAAUAGAUGUGAGAUUAUGCCAGAAGAUCCUUAGAAACAUAUUUUGGGUUCUGUACCCUGCAACUCAGUCUCUGUCUUGCUGAGUCAAAUAGGCCUGUGAUUCCAUCCCAUGAACUUUCUGAGCAUUGAUGGCAGUCUGCCUCCCCACUGUCCCCCAGCCCCAGUCAUUAUCUGCUCUGUGAUGGUUUGGGUCUAGAGAGAGCUUAUGGCUGGUCGGACUCAACCACACUUUGCUUUGGGAUAUCACGGGUGAUAUGAGGUGAUCGGCCUGGCUUGAUGGUGGCCUCGGGGAAGCAGAAUCCAGGAGUACUGGCAAUACCCUCACCACCGUUUUAGGUUUCCAAGACACAGAACUUUGGAAGACAGUUAAGUAGGGUUGCUGUGAGUGGAGUUUUGUUUGUUUUAGUGUAAACUUGUUGAAUAGAAGCGGGUUCAGGGCAAGUUACAGAACAGCAGUAUAUGGAGUAUGCAAGUCUCAAAUAUCUCCAGCCUGCACUCAUUCAUUAAACAAUGCAUGGAGGCACUGUUUUAGGUACUGGAGACAGAGCAGUGAAUAAAACAUUCAAGGUCCUGAAAUUCAUGGAAUUUAUAUUCUGAUGGGGGGAGUAAAACAAAGAAAUCAGAGUGUGAUUCAUGCUAUGAAGGAAAGAAAACAGUGUGAAAGAGAGGGUGGGAGUGGCCACUGUAGACAGGGGGAUCAGUAGAGGCCUCUUUUGGGAGGUGACAGUUGAGCCUGAUAACCAGAAAGAUGAGAAGGCACCAGUUGUAGGAAGAUCUGGGAGUGGAACAUUCUAAUCUAAGCAUUGCUACAUGCAGAAAAAGGACCGCUGCAAGGUGGGGAAAUUUAUUACAGAUAUUUAUUGAGGGCCUGCUAUGUACCAGGUGCUAUGGUAGAAUUGGAGAUGUAGCAAUGAAUGAUAUAGCUAUAGUCUUCCCUUCUCUCAUGGGUCUUAUAGUCUAGGUGUUUUUGGAAGAGCUGCAGCCUUUGAAGAAACGUCUCUUAAUGAUGAUAUCAUAGACUCAUUCCUACUGGGGAGAUGAGGCAGAAUGAGCCUCAUCUGGGCUCAGGUGAGCCCAGAUCUGAUUGAUGAGAGGAAACCAACCUUGUGACAGUCUGGGGAAUAGCAUUUCAGGCAGAGGGGUCAGCAGGUGCAAAAGCCCUGCGAUGUGUUCAGGGAAUAACAAGGACCAGUGUGGCUAAAGCCUAAGUGAGGGAGAGGGGCGAGGGGUUGGAAAGGCUGACAGAAGCCAGAUCACUUGGGGCCUAAGGGCCACAGUGAGGAGUUUCUAUUUUCAUUUAAGGGGAUUGGGAAACUAUUAGAAGGGAGUUUUUGAAAGCAAGACAGUGACAUGAUCUGAUUAACUUUUUUUUAGAAAGCUCACUUUGGUUUCUGGGAGGAAAACAGAGGGUCAGGACAGAAUCAGGAAGGAAAGUUGGGAGACAAUCCAUUUGUCCAGAUGAGAAAUGGUGACAUAAAUGUGGUGGUGGUAGUGAAGAUGGAGAGAAGCAGAUAUAUUUUGGGUGUACAGAAAACAGGACUUGAUGAUAGGAUUAGAGAGAGGAAUCUAGGAUAGUAAUAAUAGCCAAGUCAUUUAUGCCUCACAACUCUAUGAGAGUAGGCACUAUUAUUAUUUUCUGUCUUCCUCCUCAAUAGGUACUAUUAUUACACCCACAUUACAGAUGACAAAACAGGCACAGCAAGGUGAAAUCACUUGCCCAAAAUUACACAGGUAGUAAGUGGCAGGCUUAUAUUUCCAACCCGGCACUCUGGUUCUAGAGCCACUUAGGUUUGGGGAGAGAUAAGGAAGGCAUGUGUAGCUGACAUUAAGAAAAAGGAAAUAUCAAGACCUAAUGACUGGGUCUUUGGGAAAUGGAAGAAGUCAAAGAUGACUCAAAAAAUGUCUCAGUUGUCCACAGAGAGGUGAUAAUUGAAUCUACAGGAGUUGAUUACAUUCCUAAGUGAGAGAAAACAAGCGUUAAGAAGGGAAAGGAAGCACAGGAUAAACUUUUCAGGGGAAGGGGUGUCAAGACAUUUAGGAGUGGGAGGAAGAACACUAGCUUCCUCUCUAUUGCAGAGUUUCCCAGAGCUCCCCAUACUGUGCUUAUCUUCCAGGAGGCCCUGCCUGGCUUCUCCUCUCCUCUCCCUCCCUUCCCCAGCACCAUUCAUACAAAAAGCUCAUUCUCUGCUAGUGCAGUGGUAUACAUAUUUUGUGUACAUAUUUCAGGAGUUUCUGGAAAUAAUGGUUGGUUCUUAGAAGUUGGGCUCCCUUGGCUUCUGAUAGUCUCUUCUCAGGUUAUGAAAGUGAGUUAACCCUAGGUAACUAGCCUGUUACCUUGUUCAUGAAGUGUCAGUUCCUCAAAGGCCUAGGUCGUGCUGUAAAAAGAAGUAGGAAUGGGUAAAAAGGCAGAUAGGAUCCCCUUAUUUAUCCUGAGAUGUUGAUAUUAAAGGGCCCUUAGGCCCAACUUUUACCACGUUGCCCAGGCUGGUCUCACUGGGCCCAAGCGAUCUGCCCACCUCAGCCUCCCAAAGUGCUGGGAUUACAGGUGUGAGCCACCAUGCCCAGCUUCGUUGCAUUGUUAAGAGCAAGCAAGAACUCUGAAGCCAGACUGCCUGGCCUUGAAAAUCUCAGCUUAGUGUACAGUCUUGGGCAAAGUGACUGCUCUGUGCCUCAGUUUCUCCAUCUGUAAAAUGACAAUAUAUUCGUAUAUGUAUGUAAUAUAUUUUUAAAAUAGAGUUUUGGGAAUCAAAUGUGCUUAUCUGUGGAAAGCUGUUAGCAAAGGGCCUGACAAUGUAUGAUGUAUGAAGACAUGCUAAACAUCAUGAUUGCUGUUGAAAUGAAGUAUAGCGGAGGGAAAAAGCAUCAUGCCAGUUAUUUUUAAAUACAUUGUUUCAUUUAAUUCUUCUAACAAGCUUCAUUGAGGAAGAAACAGAGUUACUUGCCAUAGUCAAUACAGCAAGUAAGUAUAACAGAGAACCAGGAUUUAAGCCAGGUCUGACUCCACAUUCUGCUUCUGAAUGAAGAGAGCUGGCCUCCAGAGGCACAGUUUAUGGGCAUAUGGGCCUUUUCUCACUGGGGCCAGAGAAGAAGCCCAGAGGGCAGUUUGCCCUGGAACAUCUUAACUUUUUUUUUUUUUUUUUUGAGACAAAGUCUCGCUCUUGUCACCCAGGCUGGAGUGCAGUGGCGCGAUCUCAGCCCACUGCAACCUCCACCUCCUGGGUUGAAGCAAUUCUCCUGCCUAAGCCUCCUGAGGAGCUGGGAUUACAGGCGCCUGCCACCAUGCCCAGCUAAUUUUUUGUGUUUUUAGUAGAGACAGGGUUUCACCGUGUUGGCCAGACUGGUCUCGAACUCCUGACCUCAGGAGAUCCGCCUGCCUCGGCCUCCCAAAGUGCUGGGAUUACAGGUGUGAGCCACCUCACCUGGCCUUUCUCCAGGUGGGAGUGCAGUGGCACAAUCUCAGCUCACUGCAGCCUUGACCUCCAGAACUCAAGUGAUCCUCCCACCUCAGCCUCCUGAGUAUCUGGGACUGCAGGUGCACGCCACCAUGCCUAUCUAAUUUUUGUAGAGACAGGGUUUUGCCAUGUUGCCCAGGCUGGUCUGGAACUUUUAGCUUUUUUUUUGAGACAGGGUCUCACUCUGUUGCCCAGGCUGGACUGGAGUGCAGUGGCACGAUCUUGGCUCACUGCAACCUCUGCCUCCUGGGCUCAAGUGAUUCUCCUGCCUCAGGCUCCCAAAUAGCUGGGAUUACAAGUGCACGCCACCACACCCAACUAAUUUUUUUGUAAUUUUUGUAGAGGCAAGGUUUCACUAUGUUGCCCAGGCUGGUCUCGAACUCCUGAGCUCAAGCGAUCCACCUGCCCAGGCCUCCCAAAGUGCUGGGAUUAUCGGCGUGAGCCACUGCGCCCAGCCUUCUUAGCCAUUUUGUUAACUUCGUUUCCCACCUCUGGAGGGUGGUAGGGGCUUCCCAAGAAGAUCACUCGGACCUCUUCAAGUAUGGCAGCAAUAUUGCUGGGCUGUUGGAGAGACUUUUGUUAUAGAGGUCCCCCUCUUGUGUCUUUCCUCAAAGGCAAGGAGUCAUUUUUGGUAACAUGAGGACAAAGAGACCAGACCAGUGGUGAAUUCUGUUUUGCAUGGGAAUUGUCAAGGCUCUUUCAGUUUUAACUGAAACCCAACUCAAACUGGCCUAAGUCAAAAAGGAAUUUAUUCGUCUAUGUAACUGAAAAGAGUGAGCCACAAGGGGGAGGCUUCAGGCUAGCUGCAUCUAGGUUUUAAAUCACGUGAACAGACCUCCCUUUCCCCCUCCCCCAUCUCUUGACUCUACUGUUACCUGUGUUAGUUUCAUUCCGAAGCAGGCUUCCACCAUGAAAUAGAAGAGGUGGCAACUGGUGACAUCAUGAGACGAUGUAUAAUCUGAGCAACCCUAACCAAUGGCUUAUUUUCCUUAGUAGUUCCAGCAAAAAUCCAGAGAGGACUAUCCUUGGCCAGGCUUUAACCCAUGUCCACUUCUGGAGCCAAGAAAGACAGUUCCUUCUCCAAGGGGAACCCAGGGUGUUGAUACUAGAAGAUGGAAGUGGAUACAGUAAGAUGCUGCCACAGUGAGAUGCCUCACACAGAUCUCCCUCUGUCACUCCAGCCAAGCACAUGGGAUAGAAAGUAGCAGGCGGCCUCUGGCCCUUCAGUGGAGGAGGGCCAUCCAGUCCUCUCCAGUUAACAUCUAGACCAAACACAAAACAUCCUUCUCUCAUCCAGAAGACAUAGGAACCCUUCCUUCAGGGAUGAUUUUUUUUAACAGUGAAAUCUUAAAAGUAACUGUUUCACUAAAGCCUCCAGUGUUUACUGAAGAUUGUCAGAAUCAUCCUCCAUCACUAGAUCUUCUCCACCAGUCAUAUUCCCUGAACAGUGGGGUGGCUUGAAGGUAUAAACCAGAGAGGCCCAAGGGAGGGGUAGUUAGCAGACUUCUGGUCUUUUUCUAGUUUGUGCUCAUCUGUUCCAAGGACCACAGGAUUCUUCUCAUCGCAGUGCUCCAGGCAGCCAACUACCAAUCGAUUGGAGUUAGCCUGUGAGGAGACUGGAGAGGCGUGGCUGGACCAAGACCUCCCCCCAUGUGAGCAGGCUUCCUCCUCCCCUAACAAUCGUUGCCACCACGCCCAGAAACGUCCUUAAGCCCUGGCCCUCAGGGAAAAGGUAACAGGAGGCCAGAGCGGGGACCAUGUGACGGCGCUGGCCCUCGCCACCGCCGUCCCCCCACCCUGGCCCCAGGCCCGGCACCAUGAUGUUCCGAGACCAGGUGGGCAUCCUCGCUGGCUGGUUCAAGGGCUGGAAUGAGUGUGAGCAGACAGUGGCCCUGCUGUCACUUCUGAAACGGGUCACCCGUACCCAGGCCCGCUUCCUGCAGCUCUGCCUGGAGCACUCACUGGCGGACUGCAAUGACAUCCACCUGCUGGAGUCGGAGGCCAACAGUGCUGCCAUCGUCAGCCAGUGGCAGCAGGAGUCCAAAGAGAAGGUGGUGUCCCUCCUGCUGUCCCACCUUCCCCUGCUUCAGCCAGGCAACACAGAGGCCAAAUCGGAGUACAUGAGGCUACUGCAAAAAGUGCUGGCCUACUCAAUCGAGAGCAAUGCCUUCAUCGAGGAGAGCCGCCAGCUGCUUUCCUAUGCCCUCAUCCACCCAGCCACCACACUGGAGGACCGCAACGCACUGGCCCUCUGGCUGAGCCACCUGGAAGAGCGGUUGGCUAGUGGCUUCCGCUCCCGGCCAGAGCCCUCCUACCAUUCACGCCAAGGCUCAGAUGAGUGGGGAAGCCCUGCAGAGCUGGGCCCUGGGGAGGCAGGGCCAGGCUGGCAGGACAAGCCACCCCGGGAAAAUGGACACGUGCCCUUCCACCCGUCCAGCUCAGUGCCGCCAGCCAUCAACAGUAUUGGGAGCAAUGCAAACACAGGUCUCCCCUGCCAAAUCCACCCUAGCCCGCUGAAGCGCUCCAUGUCACUCAUCCCUACAAGCCCCCAGGUCCCUGGUGAGUGGCCGAGUCCAGAGGAGCUUGGGGCCCGGGCUGCUUUUACCACGCCCGAUCACGCACCCCUCUCGCCCCAGAGCAGCGUGGCCUCCUCUGGCAGUGAGCAGACAGAGGAGCAGGGCUCCAGCCGGAACACUUUCCAGGAGGAUGGCAGUGGCAUGAAAGAUGUGCCCUCAUGGCUCAAGAGCCUCCGCUUGCACAAGUAUGCAGCCCUCUUCUCACAGAUGAGCUACGAGGAGAUGAUGACACUGACUGAGCAGCACCUGGAGUCUCAGAAUGUCACCAAAGGUGCCCGCCACAAGAUAGCCCUGAGUAUCCAGAAGCUGCGUGAGAGACAGAGCGUCCUCAAGUCCCUAGAGAAGGAUGUACUGGAAGGCGGGAACCUGAGAAACGCUCUGCAGGAGCUGCAGCAGAUCAUCAUCACUCCCAUCAAGGCCUACAGUGUCCUCCAGGCCACCGUGGCUGCCGCCGCCACCACCCCUACUGCCAAGGAUGGGGCCCCGGGGGAGCCAUCACUGCCAGGUGCUGAGCCUCCCCUAGCCCACCCCGGCACUGACAAGGGCACCGAGGCCAAGGACCCUCCAGCUGCGGAGAACUACCCACCUCCACCAGCUCCCGCUCCCACCGAUGGCAGUGAGCCUGCCCCGGCUCCCGUCGCUGACGGAGACAUCCCCAGCCAGUUUACACGGGUGAUGGGCAAAGUGUGCACCCAGCUGCUGGUGUCCCGACCAGACGAGGAGAACAUCACCAGUUACCUCCAGCUCAUCGAAAAGUGCCUGACUCAUGAGGCUUUCACGGAGACGCAGAAGAAACGGCUGCUAUCCUGGAAACAGCAAGUGCUGAAGCUCCUCCGGACAUUCCCACGCAAAGCCGCACUAGAGAUGCAGAACUACCGGCAGCAGAAAGGCUGGGCGUUCGGCUCCAACUCGCUCCCCAUAGCUGGUUCUGUGGGGAUGGGAGUGGCCCGGCGUACCCAGCGGCAGUUCCCAAUGCCUCCCCGGGCCCUCCCACCCGGCCGGAUGGGCCUCCUGAGCCCCUCGGGCAUUGGAGGUGUCUCCCCUCGACACGCCCUCACCAGCCCCAGCCUUGGAGGCCAGGGCCGACAGAACCUGUGGUUUGCCAACCCUGGAGGCAGCAACAGCAUGCCCAGUCAGAGCCGCAGCUCUGUGCAGCGCACCCACUCGCUCCCGGUCCACUCGUCACCCCAGGCCAUUCUCAUGUUCCCUCCAGACUGCCCGGUUCCUGGGCCUGACCUGGAGAUCAAUCCCACUCUGGAGUCUCUGUGUCUGAGCAUGACAGAACACGCCUUGGGUGAUGGGACAGACAAAACCUCCACCAUCUGACGGGACCCACAGCCCAGCGCACCCAUAGGCUCCCUGGGCGGCGGGCGGGGGCCAACCCCCAACAGGCUUCUCCGCGACAGCGAGAGGGUGGGCUGGCUCAGCUAUAUAUUCUAAUAUUUUUCUACUCUCUCACCCUUUUAACUUUUGUUUAACAUUGGCACAUGCCUUGCUCACUCCCAGGCCCGUCGAGGGAUCUCUGCUGAGGCCCGGGGAGUUGGGGGCAGCCAGGAUAAAGGGGGCAGGGACUGGCCAGACUGCCUGCCUCUCUCCUUUCCUUCUUCAUCCCCACCUGGUCCCAUCCCACCCCUGCCUCCUCCAGACCGCUGACCACCUGCCUCUCCCCAAGGGAGCAGACUCCCCAGAGACAAACUGACCACUACCUUGUGGAGCCUGCUCAGAAAUAUUUGAUAUUUGGGGUGACAUGAGCAGGGCAGAGAACCUGCCCUCCAGAAUGUUAUUGAGAGGAGCUGGGGAGAAGGGAGGGGAGCAAGGAGAGGAAGCCCUCUCUCCUCUCCCUCCUUCCCCUUUACCAUUCCCCACAUUCUCCAAGGACAGGAGCCACCUUCUUCUCUCUCACCUCCUUUGGCCCUGUUCACCAGAGGUUCUCUAUGAUUAAUUUCUUAGGCCUAUUUAAGAUACAUAUUUAUAUAGUUCUUAACGGUUUUUCUCUGAUCAUUUCCUCUCAUUUUUAGAAUCCCCAGGCCUCUCUCUGAGCCAAGACAGUGGCAGGGGGAGCCUGAACUUUAUGAGGGGAGAGGGCAGAGCCCCCUCCUCCAGAUCCCCAAGCUCUAACCCAUUUUCCUCCAGCCCUGGCUCCCCAGAUGAAGAGGUUGGAGGUGGGCAGCCAGGGUGGCCAGUGAGGUCAGGAAGUCUGUUGCCUUAACGUCCCCUUCCCUACGAACACACACCCUUCUCCGCUCCCAGGUCUGGUUGGUGAUACUUGGGAGUCAGGAAUAAGGGAAAGGGGAUUGUUUGGUUUUUGGGUUUUUCCCUAAGCCCCUCCCUUUUCUUUCAGCCUUUCCCCUCCCCCCAUUGUCAUGACCUCACUUAAGUGGAACACUAUAUCAUAACCCAGAGAUUUGUCCCAGUCCCAGAGUCUGACAGACUGUCUGGUCCCUAUUCCUAAUGAGGGGUUGUGUUGGGGCCCAGGUGGAGGGAGGGGAUUCGGGGGUUCAGACUGCGGGGAAGCCAGGGUCUCCCUCUUCAACGCCCUCCUCCCCCUCAGCCCACCCUCCCCACUGGGACAUUCUCAAGCUUUUCACACCGAAAAGGAAAAAAAAUGUUAUUUUUAGAUACAUUUUAUGAAUAACUUUUGUUAUGAAUAUGGCUGGUAACCAUUGUGUAUGUUAUUAAAGAUACAAAAUGUUGGGAAAAAAA